CGAGCGCUUUCAGUUUGUACACUUCUACGCCCGACGGAGUACGGAUGUUGCAGAUGUGUGAGGCCACUCGUAAGACUGCCAGAGGUACGAAAGAGUAUCAACUUCCGUCAGCCAUGGCUACAUCGAGUGACUUCGAGGAGCGUAAAUUGCGCAAGCUUAGCCCAAUCGAGAAAUUUUUCCAGUUUUCCAACGAUCAUACAGUAAAUGUGACGGUUUACUGCCUAACAAUUGCGACUCUGAGCCCUUUACAACGAAGCUCAGUGCACUCUGUCCUCCUGCACCUGUACAGGAAACUGCCAAAUUUGCGAGUGUGCAUCGAAGAGGACAGAAAUGGCGAGCUUUGGCUGUGUCAAAUGGCUCAAGAAAACAUACUUCUGAAGUGGCUGACUUCCCCAGAGGAUUUCGACGCUGUGUACAUUGGGGAGACCCGCAAGCCCCACGAUGCGAGGGUGGGUCCAUUAUGGCGCGUGACAGUCAUGCCAGCUCAGGACGGGCCGACUCCUGAUGCAGAGUUCAAGCAUCAUUAUAGAGUGAUGUUCGGACUGCAUCAUUCCAUCACCGACGGCCACUCAUCCAUGCGACUGUGCGGUCACUUUCUAUCUUUACUCAAUUCUGAACUUGAAGGGAACGAAGUCGACGACAACGAACAGUUUGCUGAUUACGUGGGGCCAGAGUUUCACGAUAAGCUUGUAGAAGAAGCCAAGCUCACCCUCAGCACGAACUUGUACUUGCAAUGUAAAAUGCGUGAUGAUUAUGCGGCUAUUGCUGCGGCCGAAUCUCUCCUCACCAAGGUUUUUCCUCCAAAGGAAGAGGUAGCUGAUCCGAAAACAGAAACACUCUUCAUCAAAUUUGACGAGGCUUCCACUACAAAGUUUGUAAAGAAAACGAAAUCAGAAGGAGUGAGCGUGCAUUCAGGAUUCUGCUCGGUGUUGCACAGCGCAUUUGUCGAGUUGUUCCAAGAAGCAGGAGCUUCUUCUGAAAAAUUUGACAUCUUUUCUUUCCACGACGUGAAUGAGAGAAGAUACUGGAACUCUGAGUCGGAGAAAUCUUACGGCCCACAUUUAUCUCUGAUACGAAUAAUCUUAACCGUUGACAAAGAUUGUCCCUCCAACGUGUGGGAAAGCGCCCGCCAGUUCCAUAAGGUCUUCCUCGAGUGCUUGGACAACAAACAGACGUUCUUCAUGGAAAUUAUAGAUGCUGAAGUCUCUCCUACUGUAGAGAAGUCCACAGACUUUUACAGUCAGAAAAUUUCCAGCCCAAGCGUCUAUAGCACCUCGAACAUGGGCAACGUCACCAAAAUAUUCCUAGCACCAGACGGGGCUGAAUAUCCUCAGGUGAAGGCAACAGAGAUACGGCGGAGCACGUCAUUACACACAUAUUUGAAUAAUAACGGUUUUUGUUUCCAAACAUUCCGCGGAGAGUUGCUUGUUUCUUUUGAUUACAAUACGCGGUAUAUUUCAACUGAGCUUGCUAACAGAAUUGUUGAGAAAGUCCGAGCCCAUUUUCUGCGCCAUUUGUCUUGAAUUACGCAUUUAAAUUUUUACUAACAUCUUGCUCAUGCAUUAGCUUGUAAAAACCUUGGUUUUUAUCACCGUGGUGCAGUUGAACGGUUGAAGCGGAAAUAAAGUAAAUUAACUCAUCACUAAAGUAGUUUUAAAAUGCUUUCUAUUUGAAAAUUGAAAUGACGAUUCUUCCGAUGAUAUGAAUUUUACGAUAUGAAUAGUUGGAAAAUUGAUUUUACAAAAUGCGAAAUAAUAGCGAGAGAUCAAUGAUAACGACAUAAAAAUGCCUCCAAACUAAAUUUGCAUGAAUUAUAUUAAAAUUAUUAUUUGGUUAAAUUCAAAGGUGUGGAAGUUUUUUUAUACAAACAUUUGUGUAGAAAAGAUAGCUUCAUUUGGGUCAGCUAUUGACUUAGUUAUGGUAUGAUCGUUAAUGGUUUAUUUGUGGUGACUCUUGACUUCGUGAAACAAUAUUAUUUUGCCGUGGUUGUUUUACUAAGCUGAUUUUUAUUUACUGCAAUAAUUUUUUUUAAUUUUCAUAAUUGUUGGAUUUUAAACUUUAUUACCUUUAAUUGUGGCUUGUCCAUUUCUUAACAGAACUUAUUAUUGAAAACAUCGAAUCAUUGUCCAACAGUUCAAGACCUUGAAACAUAGAUAUUCUUAGGUUUUAAACUAGAGUCGUUACUUUUAAUGAGUUGUUCACUUUAUAUACUAUAGAACAUAACUCGCAUCGGCAUUCAUAAUUAAAUUAAAAUAUUAAACUGAUGAGCUGGAAAAUUACCUUUUUUCGGUGUGAAUAUGUGAAAAAACAACCUGGAUCAAGGACCCACGACGACAAAUGAUUUAGCAAUUAAAUAUACUCAUUGUGCAAGUAAAUGCAGUGAUUUCUUAGCUACGAAAUAUUGAAAAGUUUUUAGAUGUAAAACCUCAAGGAGUUCAUUAUUUACCCGUUGAAUGCGAUACGAGCAGAGCACACCGGUGAGUUGUAGCGCACGCAACGGGUUAAGUGGGAAGACGACAAUAAAAUAAAAAUAAAUUUUAUUUCCUUCUCAAACUUUAAUUUAUUGGAUUUUGUAAAACGGAUAUACGGCAGUCCCAAGAUGAAGAAAACUAUCGGUUAAGCCUCUUAAUUAGUAGAAGAUCGUUGGUUUUUUUUUUUAAGGGAAGAGUCAAAUUGUAGGAACAUUAGACCUUAUUUAAAUCAGGUCCUAUUUUCAUCACGGUGCUAGCGGUAUGAUCUUAUAUAACGUACAUAAUGAUAUUACAGAUGAAGAGGAAAAUUUCUGUGAGGGUGGGCGAACCUUUAGUUGAACCAUUGAAAUGCUGCAGUUGUCGUACGCGACAAUU